CCCUUUCCUUCAUCUGCCAUUUCAUUCAUUUGUGUAUGUGGCAGCCGAGGGUGUACAAUAUUCGUCAUAGUAUUUCUUUGAAAUAGUCAAAAUUCCUACUCCUCAGUUUCCUUAAUGUAGAAUUUAAUGAAUUAACUUCGCGAUUUCCAAGGGUCGCUUUUCAUCAGAUUCGGUGUAGUUAAGGCGAGGAGCAAAGGAGCCAUGGCGCAAGUUUUACCGAUACGUUUUCAGGAGCACUUACAGCUCACCAAUGUGGGGAUCAAUCCAGCCUCCAUAUCCUUCAACACUCUCACCAUGGAGUCGGACAAGUUUAUCUGUGUCCGGGAGAAGGUCGGAGAGACGGCUGAGGUGGUCAUCAUCGACAUGGGAGAUCCCACCAACCCCAUCCGCAGGCCGAUCAGCGCUGACUCGGCCAUCAUGAACCCUGCCAGCAAAGUCAUCGCCCUCAAAGGAAAGGCAGGCAUUGAAGCUCAAAAAACGCUGCAGAUCUUCAACAUCGAAAUGAAGUCAAAGAUGAAGGCUCACACAAUGACAGAGGACGUGGUGUUCUGGAAGUGGAUAUCCCUGAACACUCUCGCCCUCGUUACCAAGAUGUCGGUGUACCACUGGUCGAUGGAAGGCGACUCCACGCCGGUGAAGAUGUUCGACCGCCACGCCUCGCUCGCCGACUGCCAGAUCAUCAACUACAGGACGGACCCCAAGCAACAGUGGCUGCUGUUAGUUGGUAUCUCCGCGCAGCAGAACCGCGUGGUAGGCGCGAUGCAGCUGUACUCAGUAGAGCGCAAGUGCUCGCAGCCGAUCGAGGGCCACGCGGCGUCGUUCGCGACCUUCAAGGCGGAGGGUAACGCCGAACCCUCCACACUCUUCUGCUUCGCUGUGCGCACCGCACAGGGCGGCAAGCUGCACAUCAUCGAGGUCGGCCAAACGCCCGCGGGCAACCAGCCCUUCCCCAAAAAGGCCGUGGACGUAUUCUUCCCUGCGGAGGCUCAGAACGACUUCCCCGUCGCCAUGCAGGUGUCGCCCAAGUAUGACGUCAUCUACCUCAUCACCAAGUACGGAUAUAUCCACAUGUACGACAUCGAGACCGGCACCUGUAUUUACAUGAACAGGAUCUCUUCAGAUACCAUAUUUGUCACCGCGCCUCAUGAAGCUACUGGAGGAAUUAUCGGUGUGAACCGCAAAGGCCAGGUUCUCUCAGUGACGGUAGAAGAGGAUUCCAUCGUGCCAUACAUCAACACGGUGCUGCAAAACCCUGAACUGGCGCUGCGUCUCGCCGUGCGAAACAAUCUCGCGGGCGCUGAAGAACUAUUUGUCAGGAAGUUCAACAUGCUCUUUACUAAUGGCCAGUAUGGAGAAGCUGCUAAGGUCGCAGCGAUGGCCCCACGAGGUAUCCUCCGGACGCCGCAGACCAUCCAACGGUUUCAGCAGGUGCCCACGCAGCCGGGGCAGACGUCGCCGCUGCUGCAGUAUUUCGGCAUCCUGCUGGACCAGGCGCAGCUCAACAAGUUCGAGUCGCUGGAGCUGUGCCGGCCCGUGCUGUUGCAGGGCCGCAAGCAGCUUCUAGAGAAAUGGCUCAAGGAGGAGAAGCUGGAGUGCUCCGAGGAGCUGGGCGACCUGGUGAAGCAGGUGGACCCCACGCUGGCGCUGUCGGUGUACCUGCGCGCCAACGUGGCCAGCAAGGUCAUCCAGUGCUUCGCCGAGACCGGCCAGUUCCAGAAGAUCGUGCUCUACGCGAAGAAGGUGGGCUACACCCCCGACUACAUCUUCCUUCUCCGCUCUGUCAUGCGCUCGAGUCCCGACCAAGGCGCGGGCUUCGCUGGCAUGCUGGUGGCCGAGGACCCGCCGCUGGCAGACAUCAACCAGAUCGUGGACGUGUUCAUGGAGCAGAACAUGGUGCAGCAGUGCACCGCCUUCCUGCUUGACGCGCUCAAGAACAACCGCCCGGAGGAAGGGCCGCUGCAGACCAGGUUGCUGGAAAUGAACCUGAUGUCAGCUCCCCAAGUGGCAGACGCGAUCCUCGGCAACGCGAUGUUCACGCACUACGACCGCGCGCACGUGGCGCAGCUGUGCGAGAAGGCAGGACUACUGCAACGUGCGCUUGAGCACUACACCGAUCUAUAUGACAUCAAGCGCGCCGUGGUCCACACCCACCUCCUAUCCGCCGAUUGGCUAGUCUCUUACUUCGGCAGUCUCUCAGUGGAAGACUCGCUCGAAUGCCUCAAGGCCAUGCUCCAAGCCAACAUCAGACAGAACCUCCAGAUCUGUGUGCAAAUCGCCACAAAAUACCACGAGCAACUGACUACCAAGGCGCUUAUCGAACUGUUCGAGAGCUUCAAGACUUAUGAGGGCCUGUUCUACUUCCUCGGAUCUAUUGUCAACUUCAGCCAGGAUUCUGAAGUGCACUUCAAGUAUAUUCAGGCCGCCUGCAAGACCGGACAGAUCAAGGAAGUCGAGCGCAUCUGCCGGGAAUCGAACUGCUACAACGCGGAGCGCGUGAAGAACUUUUUGAAAGAAGCCAAGCUGCCGGACCAGCUGCCGCUCAUCAUCGUGUGCGACCGCUUCGACUUCGUGCACGAUCUCGUGCUGUAUCUCUACCGCAACAGCCUGCAGAAGUACAUCGAGAUCUACGUGCAGAAGGUAAACCCCUCGAGGUUGCCUGUAGUAGUGGGUGGGCUACUGGACGUGGAUUGCGCAGAAGACAUUAUCAAGAACCUGAUCUUGGUGGUACGUGGGCAGUUCUCAACUGAUGAGCUGGUGGCUGAAGUCGAGAAACGCAACAGAUUGAAACUCCUCCUGCCUUGGUUGGAGACCAGAGUCCACGAGGGCUGCAACGAGCCGGCCACACACAACGCGCUCGCCAAGAUCUACAUCGACUCCAACAACAACCCUGAAAGAUUCCUCAAGGAGAACCAGUGGUACGACUCGCGCGUAGUGGGCCGCUACUGCGAGAAGCGCGACCCGCACCUCGCUUGCGUUGCAUACGAGCGGGGUCAAUGUGACCGCGAGCUCAUCGCCGUGUGCAACGACAACUCGCUGUUCAAGACGCAGGCGCGCUACCUGGUGCGCCGCCGCGACCAGGAACUCUGGCUCGAGGUGCUCUCCGAGGCCAACCCCUACAAGCGACAGCUCAUCGACCAGGUCGUGCAAACAGCCCUCUCAGAAACACAAGAUCCUGAAGAUAUCUCAGUGACAGUGAAAGCUUUCAUGACCGCCGACCUGCCCAAUGAACUGAUUGAGCUGCUAGAGAAGAUUGUUCUGGACAAUUCUGUGUUCUCAGACCACAGGAACCUGCAAAACUUGCUUAUCCUCACAGCAAUUAAGGCGGACCGGUCCCGCGUAAUGGAAUACAUCAACCGUCUGGACAAUUACGAUGCGCCUGACAUCGCCAAUAUCGCGAUCAACAAUGAACUCUACGAAGAAGCCUUCGCCAUCUUCAAGAAGUUCGACGUCAAUACCUCUGCCAUUCAGGUGUUGAUAGAACAAGUGAAAGACCUGGAGCGCGCUUACGAGUUCGCUGAGCGCUGCAACGAGCCGGGCGUCUGGUCGCAGCUGGCCAAGGCUCAGCUACAGCAGGGGCUCGUGAAGGAAGCUAUCGACUCCUACAUCAAGGCUGAUGAUCCUUCCGCAUAUAUGGAUGUCGUGGCCACCGCCACAGAACAGCAGUCGUGGGAAGACCUCGUGCGGUAUCUCCAGAUGGCACGCAAGAAGGCACGCGAGUCAUACAUCGAAUCAGAGCUGAUAUACGCGUACGCGCGCACUGGCCGCCUAGCAGAUUUGGAAGAAUUCAUCUCGGGGCCCAACCACGCCGACAUCCAGAAGAUCGGCGACCGCUGCUUCGACGACAAGAUGUACAACGCGGCCAAGCUGCUGUACAAUAACGUCAGCAACUUCGCGCGGCUAGCUAUCACGCUCGUGCACCUCAAGGAGUUCCAAGGUGCUGUGGACAGCGCACGCAAGGCUAACUCGACGCGCACGUGGAAGGAAGUUUGCUUCGCGUGCGUGGACGCGGGAGAAUUCCGCCUGGCGCAGAUGUGCGGUCUACACAUUGUGGUGCACGCUGAUGAGCUGGAGGACCUCAUCAACUACUACCAGGACCGAGGCCACUUCGACGAGCUGAUCAGCCUGCUGGAGGCGGCGCUGGGGCUGGAGCGCGCGCACAUGGGCAUGUUCACGGAGCUGGCCAUCCUCUACUCCAAGUACAAGCCCGCCAAGAUGCGCGAGCACCUCGAGCUGUUCUGGGCGCGCGUCAACAUCCCCAAGGUGCUCCGCGCCGCCGAGCACGCGCACCUGUGGUCGGAGCUGGUGUUCCUGUACGACAAGUACGAGGAGUUCGACAACGCCGCGCUCACCAUGAUGCAGCACCCCACCGAGGCCUGGCGUGAAGGACACUUCAAGGACAUCAUCACCAAAGUCGCAAACAUGGAGCUAUACUACAAAGCGAUCCAGUUCUACCUGGACUACAAGCCGCUCCUCCUGAACGACCUGCUCCUAGUGCUGGCGCCGCGUAUGGACCACACGCGCGCCGUCAGUUUCUUCACCAAGGCCGGGCACCUGCAGCUGGUCAAGGCUUACCUGCGCUCCGUGCAGAGCCUCAACAACAAGGCCGUCAACGAGGCGCUCAACUCGCUGCUCAUUGAUGAGGAGGACUACCAGGGAUUAAGAACAUCGAUAGACGCAUUCGACAACUUCGACACUAUUGCGCUGGCGCAACAAUUGGAGAAGCACGAACUCACCGAAUUCAGAAGAAUCGCCGCUUACCUGUACAAAGGCAACAACAGAUGGAAGCAGAGCGUGGAACUGUGCAAGAAGGACGCCUUAUACGCAGACGCGAUGGAGUACGCGUCGGAGUCGCGCCAGCCCGAGGUGGCCGAGGAGCUGCUCAACUGGUUCCUGGAGCGAGACAACUACGAGUGCUUCUCCGCCUGCCUCUACCAGUGUUAUGACCUCCUGAAACCCGAUGUUGUUAUCGAGCUCGCGUGGAGACAUAACAUCAUGGACUUCGCUAUGCCUUUCCUCAUUCAGACGGUGCGUGAGCUGACGACGAAGGUAGAGAAGCUUGAGGAGGCGGACGCGAAACGCAGCACUGAGAGCGCCGAGCACGAGGCCAAGCCCGCCAUGAUCAUGGAGCCGCAGCUUAUGCUCACCGCGGGUCCAUCGAUGGCAUACCCCGGCGUGCCGGCGCAAGCGUCGCCCUACGCGUACGCCGCGCAGGCGCCCUCGCCCGCGCCCUACCACGGCUACGGCAUGUAGGGCCCGCGCGCCGCGCCCGCGCCUCGCUCGCGCCGCGCGCCCUACUGAACCGUCGCCCUGACGAACCGUCGCCCUGCCGCCCCCAUACAACGCCGUCGAACGCUUGCGGCGAUGAAGAGAACACUACAUUGGUCGCGCCCUACUGAACCGUCGCCCUGCCGAACUGUCGCCCUGCCGCCCCUACACAACCGCCGUCGAACGCUUGCGGCGAUGAAGAACACAGCAUUGGUCUAGAACAGGGAUUCCCAAUUUUUUUUUUGCCAAGGAACCCUAAUUGAUUAUACUUUUCCUAGCGGAACCCCCGUACUACUCCGCCCGCACGCCCUGCCCCUCCCUUGUGCGUAAACAAGUUGGUGCGCGCGACGACGUGGUCACGAAACGUGGGAUAAUAUUUUUUACGGAACCCUUGCGGCCUUUCCACGGAACCCCAGGGUUCCGCGGACCACCUUUCGGGAACCGCUGGUCUAGAACAGAAAACAACACAAGCUAAAAUAGUAAGAUAACGCGACGUUUAUAUCAAGACCCGUUGUCUUAUUUUUUAGUUGAAAUGGAACGCGAAAGUUUAAAAUCUUAUGACACGUAAACUAGCAAUAGUACAUCAAUAUAACGCAUUCUACGAGUAUUGGACUGUGGAACAUUGUGGCCCAGCAUUGCACCAUACCUUGAAAAUGUCAAUAAUGUCACAUGAAAUGAGACCGACAUGACGGCUCAGCUGGCAUACUUGUUUCAUAUGUAACAAGGAUGCUGCGUGUUUGAUGUGUCGAAAAACUCGAAAUAUUAUUGCAUUGUCUACAAUAACAGCUGUGCCACAAUCACGCGGAAAAACCAACGACCAAUGUGAUUAAACUUUAUUAGGAACAAGUUGAAUUACUCUGCAAGCAUUCGACGGCGAAUACCAAGCUAUACAGAUAUAACCCCCCUGGCGGCAGAAUGGUUGUUUAUUAUUUAUUACCCUUUGGAUACGUCCACGCCGUAGUCGUCUGGUAGGUGCUGUUUGAUCGACCGACGUUAAUAGAUACUACUACUACCGUUGUGGGCGUAGCCUCGUAGGAGCGUCGGCGACUCCUUGCAGCAACGGAUUCGUUCUCUAUGCACUUGCGAUGUCCGAGCGCGACCGAACGAUCUCCGAUCGCGUCAACAUUUACGAAGUACCUUCUCGUCUCGAGGCCUAAAGUUGUAGUAUUCAAUUCUCGCGUCCCCUUUGUAAAGAAAAGUAUUAUAGUUAAGUCGGAAGUGCAUAGAGGCCAUACACUUUACGUAGAUUUAGUCGAUUCGGCCGAUGUUAUAGUACGAAAUUGAAUCGUUAGCCUGUACAAAUUAUAUUGAUAUAUCGAUUGCCGAGUAGCUCUCGUGAGUAAAGUGCUUUAUUUUUGUCGGUACCGAGAGCGGUCUUAUAUAGAUAAAUUGAAAUUAUGUCACAGCUUUACGUCGAAGAGAUCCCGUCCAUGCGGCGGCCGCGCCAGAGUCUGCCGCGUCGCGUCACGAGCUCUGCGCCGAACUCACACUUAAGUAGCUAAAAUUAAAUAGAUAACUCCGCCGCACAGAUGGGUCCCUUUGCUUUACGUAGUUAGUCUAUGUGCUCGCAUGUUCCGAUCGUUAUAUUAACAUGUGCAGUUAAAUUUAUAAAGAUAAUCUUCUGAGCGCAUCAACCUAAUAGAUUUCUGUAUAUCGAAUUGAAAUAGUUUAAAAAGUGUUAUUAACGUUAUCGAUUGAAAUAUUGUAUCGUUCGCGAGUAUAUUUAUCUUCUCACUCGCAAUUUAAAAUUUAUUCGAUCAGCUGUGACCAAAUUAUAAAUUCGCCGUUGGACGUUUAAUCUGCCACUAGGUGCAUAGUGAAGUAAUAGAUCAUUAUUAUUAUGUUCGUGUACAUUAGUGGUCGAAUGACGUCAUCUAUUAUCAUUGUUAUUUUAUAAUCAGGCAUAAUUAUAUUAUUUUGUAUUCCCAAAUUAUUACUUAUCGUGGAUCAAAUAUUUAUUUUUAUACUAAAUCCCUUAUAAUGAGCAGGCCUCUGCCAGUCCGGCUGUUCCGUCAGACAGUGCAAUAUUGCAGUUUUAUGUUACUCACCUGCGUGUUCCGACGUGUAUUGCAUGUAAUACAAAUCAACGACUAAUUAAAUGUAUAAAUUUCAGAUGUUAACUAUUUUAUGUAUAUAAUGUUUCUUAACCGUAGACAUCCACGGGCCGGCUGAAAUUAAUUGAAAGUAUAACACCGGAUUAUUCGAGUUUACUUUAUAUAAAUGAAUAUUUUCUAAAUACGUUUAGGUUUAGCUUAGGUGGAAUAGUUAGCGGUAACGAUGUUAUUAUUUGGAGUAAUGUUUGCGAGCGUGUGCGAGACUUGUACCAUCACGCGUGUUGCUUUAGUUGCGUUAUGUAUUGAAUCACACUUUGAUUGAUGCCUUCACUAGAUAAUUAAUAUAAGAGUCGUAUUUUAGCCGCAGAGCGUUUCUGGGUGCCGUUAUUUUUAAUUAUUCGUUUAACAAUACUUUUGUAGAUUCUAUUUUUAUUCGUGACGAUCGCAGGUCCCCAGAAGUACUCUAUAGCGUCAAGUAGAUUCACAAACUCCGCGUAAAGUUACGGUCUGUAAUUUUACAGUGAGAGUGCACUAAUAAAUUAUUCAUCAAUGUUAAUGGUUCAUUCAAAUCAUUCC